CUAAUUAGAAUCAUCUCACUUAUAUAAAAGUUUUGAAGAGCCAAUAGGAUUCAAAGCCUCUUACACCUCAGGAUGAAUCAGAAGUCAUCGGUCACGUGAUAUUGCAUAAACUUAGCAAGCCCCGAUUCCCAGCUUGAAGUCACUGGGCCUCACUUUGAGGAGGCGAUCUCCAGAAUCUGGGUAUUAACUGUCUCAUCACUAAGUUCAGCACCUUUCACAAUAUAGCACAGCAUGGCCACGGUCAGAAAAUGUGAGCCUGUCCUCCUCCUGAGUAAAGUAAAGCUCACUACGCUCUGUGAGCACAGAAACGGCCCGGCAAUGUUUGGUAGGUUUCUGCAUUGUUUGCAAGUACAGAAUAUUAUCUGCAAGUAAACUAAUUAAGGUAAAUAUGGAAAUUCAUACAAUAUAUGCUGCAGAAUAUGAGCUGAAUAAAGCAUAUAAAAAAUGCAGAGAAUUAAAAAAAUUUGAACCACUGACCAAAUAUGGCACCUGCAGUAGAAUUCUAGAACACAAUGUUACCGUGACAACUCUGAUGUCAUCAUUCUGAAGGUAUAAAUUGUGCUGUAGGCACCAAUACCACUUCAAAACAAAUCUGAUUUCGAACAAGACGCAUCUCAAUAUGAAGUGGAUAUUUCUGAAUUGCUUUAGGCCGCCAGUGGUACCAAAGGACGCUGGUGAAGCUAUAGAAGCAAAGGAGGAAAGGAAAAAGAAGGACAAAGGAGGAAAAAAGAAAUCCUGGCUAAAGAAGUUUUUCACAAAAAAAGGGAAAGGAAAGAAACAUAAUACACCAAAAACUGAUGUGAGGCCAACAGAAACUCUCACUGAGGAGGAGAAAGUGAAGGAUGUGGCAAUGGUGGAGGAGAGCCAGGCAAUGGUGGUGGAGAGCCAGGCAAUGGUGGUGGAGAGCCAGGCAAUGGUGGAGGAGAGCCAGGCAAUGGUGGUGGAAAGCCAGGCAAUGGUGCUGGAGAGCCAGGCAAUGGUGCUGGAGAGCCAGGCAAUAGUGGUGGAGUGCAAGGCAAUGGUGGAGGAGUGCAAGGCAAUGGUGGAGGAGUGCAAAGCAAUGGAGGAGAAUAGCAAGGCAAUGGAGGAGGAGUGCAAGGCAAUGGUGGAGGGGUGCAAGGCAAUUGUGGAGGAGGAAUGCAAGGCAAUGGUGGAGGAGGAGAGCAAGGCAAUAGUGGAGGAGGAGAGCAAGGCAAUGGUGGAGGAGUGCAAUGCAACGGUGAAGGAGAGCAAGGCAAUGGUGGAGGAGAGCAAGGCAAUGGUGGAGGAGUGCAAGGCAAUGGUGGAGGAGUGCAAAGCAAUGGAGGAGAAUAGCAAGGCAAUGGAGGAGGAGUGCAAGGCAAUGGUGGAGGGGUGCAAGGCAAUUGUGGAGGAGGAAUGCAAGGCAAUGGUGGAGGAGGAGAGCAAGGCAAUAGUGGAGGAGGAGAGCAAGGCAAUGGUGGAGGAGUGCAAUGCAACGGUGAAGGAGAGCAAGGCAAUGGUGGAGGAGAGCAAGGCAAUGGUGGAGGAGUGCAAUGCAACGGUGAAGGAGAGCAAGGCAAUGGUGGAGGAGAGCAAGGCAAUGGUGGAGGAGUGCAAGGCAAUGGAGGAGGAGUACAAGGCAAUGGAGGAGGAGUGCAAAGCAAAGGAGGAGGAGUGCAAGGCAAUGGAGGAGGAGUGCAAGGCAAUGGAGGAGGAGUGCAAGGCAAUGGUGGAGGAGAGCAAGGCAAUGGUGGAGGAGAGAAAGGCAAUGGUGGAGGAGAGCAAGGCAAUGGUAGAGGAGUGCAAGGCAAUGGUGGAGCAGUGCAAGGCAAGGGAGAUGAUGCAAGAUAAGGAGACUGAACAUGGAACAUACUGACUAUCAGUACUACUGAAAUGUAAAUAUUUGUAAAUAAAUCAUUAAAAACGAAGAAG